CAAACUGAUACCUACACUCGCUUGAACGGAUUGGUAAAUACCAACUCAAAAUGGGAAUUGCAAGAAUGGACACAAAUGUACAAAAUAUACAUAGAGAAGCUCCUAAUAUACUAAUUACAGGAACCCCAGGAGUGGGUAAAUCCUCGUUGUGUCAACGUUUAUCCGAAAUAGUAGGAAUGCAAUGGUUAGAAGUGUCUCGAAUAGCGAAAGAACACAACUGUCUGGAGGAGUACGACCCGGUGUACCAGUGUCCAAUUUUGGACGAGGAUAAACUGAUGGACGGCUUGGAAGAAACCAUGUGCACAGGCGGAAACAUAGUGGACUAUCAUAGUUGCGAAUUUUUCCCAGAAAGAUGGUUCGAUGCUGUGUUUGUCUUGACUACGGACAACACUACGUUGUACGACAGGCUGACCAACAGGGGUUAUACUGGUAAAAAGUUGGACGACAAUGUGCAGUGUGAAAUAUUUAAUGUUAUCUUGGAAGAAGCUAAACGUUCAUAUAAAGAAGAUAUCGUGUUUGAACUAUCUAAUACUGUGCCUCAGGAUUUAGAGGAUAAUAUCGGCAAGAUAUGUCAGUGGUUACAACAUUGGUUUCAGAGGCGAAGUGGUUAAGUUGUAUCAAGUACAUUAUACAAUGUACAUUUACUUUUAGGAUAUACACAUAUUAUAUAAAGUUAAUUUGGUUGAUUGUUGAUGCUGUUCUCGAGAUAAUAAAGCAUAUUUAUCCAUC